AUGGCGACGAAGUCAAAAUCUCUCUCAGCACGCCGGUCCUUGCCGCGCACUCCCGCCGGAGCUAUGCCAGAACCUAAUUUCUCGACGCGUACUCGCUCUGGAUCUUUGCCGAAACCUAAAUCCUCGCGGCGCACUCGCUCCGGAGCUAUGCCGGAACCCAUUUCCUCGCCGCGUACCUGCUCCAGAUUUGUGCCGGAACCUGAUUCCCCUCAAGGAACCGACGGGAUUCCCCAGACUCCGUUUUCAUUCGGUGUCUUAACUCCCAUCGCCGGAACCCUAAAAUCCGUCUCCUUAUCCGAUUGGUGGCUAACGAAGAAGGCAAAUGUGAAGAAGGGUCUCUGCGUUUCAGGAUUCGAAUCGAAACGCGGAUCUGAAGUGAGGCUAUUUUCAUCAGGAGCGAUCUCAAAACGACAUGAUUGUAACACUCUCGAGACAUUGGAUGGGAUUGAAGUUUGUAUCAGCGGAUUCAUCAACCGAUCGCGUAGUUUGCAGAACGGAGUCUCGCCUGAGGUUUGCAAUCGUUUUCUUCUAGGGUUUCCGUAUAACUGGGAUGAUAACGAUGAAGAAUCAGUAGAGGAGAAGAAAGGUUUGAACUUUUCGUUUGAUGAUGUUCCUGUGAAUCGGUUUCAUGAUCUUCUACUGAGCUCUUCUUCUUCUUGCCUGAAAAAUAAGAUCUUUGAUGAUGUAGUUGAGAGUUUAAGAGACUUAGUUUCUCUUCCUCCUAGUACAGAGAAGAAAUGUGAGGAAUCAGAGAAGGAAUGUGAGAAACCAAGAGUGGGUCAUGAUGAUGAGAGUGUGGUUCCAAAAGUUGUGGGAGUGAAGACUAGAGGUAUGAUGAAACGGAGAGAAGACAAUGAAGCUUCAAUUGGUGAAAGAGUUCACAAGACAGUGUCUAAGAAGAAGAGAUCAAGAGAGAAGAGUAAAAGGUGA